AUGACGGAUUCAGAAGUACUGAUGCAUUGUAACGAGAGGUCAAAGAGGGAUGAACAAUCUGAGGUAGGGAAUAAAAUUUGGGGCACAAUUGCUAAGCUGGGUGUGGAGACAAAACUUAGUGCUUUUGAUGAUUUGGUUGCUUCUUCCUUCUGGGGAAAUCAAGAUGUGGAAUGGACAGCAUUUUACUCUCAAGGCGCUUCAGGAGGUAUGGCAAUUAUAUGGAGAAAAAAUUCCGAUUUUGUCUUUGUUAACUAUAGUUUUGUGGGAAGUGCUUAUAUUGGUAUUAAUGUUAUUUGGAAAGAAGGUGUUUAUAAUCUAGUUAAUAUCUAUGCGUCGUGUAAUGCUGCAGAUACGAGAGCCUUAUCGAGUAAUUUGGUGGAGAGAAAGCAGGGUAGAGAUCAAGGUGAAUGGUGUUUAGGUGGGGACUUUAACGAGGUCUGGUGUAGGGAGGAAAGAGUUGGUAAUAGAGGUAGUCAUAGCAGGAGAAAUAUGGAGGACUUCAGGAAAUUCAUAGAGGAAAUGGAUCUCGUGGACAUACCGUGUAUUGGAGGAAAGUUUACAUGGUUCAAAGGGAACGGAACGACAAUGAGUCGUCUUGACAAGUUUUUAGUCUCUAAUAAGAUGAUAGAAGACUGGAGCAUAUUGGAUCAAAGAGUGCGAGAGAUGGACAUUUCAGAUCAUUGUCAUAUAUGGCUCAAUAUGGGGAAGAUAGAUUGGGGUCCAAAACCUUUUAGGUUUAAUAAUUCUUGGUUCAAGCAUGGGGGUUUUCUACCUUUCUUGAGGGAAGAAUGA